AUGACGUCCAUUAUAAAUGAGAUGGAUGCCUUGACCUUGAAAUCAAUGGAUAUGCAAAUUUUAUCUGCUUUGGAAACUAAUGACCCAUUAUAUAUGCCGCUAGUCAUGGAACUCAAGCAACAACUUGAUAAAGAGAGUGGCGAGGUUGUUAUAAUACUAGAUGAAAACGCUGUACCCUCCGUGGACACGCGUGUCAUCAUCAAUAUUUCAACAUCGAAGCAUAAUGCGUGCAAAGCACUUUUGGAUCAGACUUCAGCACAUGUGGGUGCCUGUUGCACAAAGUUGACCUCAUAUGGUAACACGAAUGUGUUGUUGAUACGCAAUGAGCCACAGUCCGCAGAAGAUCACAUUGAGAUACGAGUUGCUAUUCUGGGGAAUGUUGAUGCUGGAAAGAGUACACUUCUCGGUGUACUUACCAAGGGUGGACUUGAUGACGGCCGUGGUCGAGCUCGUGUUGACCUCUUCAGGCACAAGCAUGAAAUCGAAACGGGUCGGACAAGUAGCGUCGGCACCGAAGUCAUGGGCUUCCAUGCUAAUGGAACGCCAGUGGUUGAGCUUCAUGAUGCUGAUGCGCUGCAGCGCAAAGUCUCUUGGGAGGACAUAUGUCAAAAGUCGGCCAAGGUUAUUUCUUUCAUUGAUCUUGCAGGUCACGAGCGAUACCUAAAGACAACAGUUUUUGGUAUGACUAGUGCUCUACCAGACUAUGUUAUGCUUAUGGUCGGUGCUAAUGCAGGCCUCGUCGGAAUGAGCAAGGAGCACCUCGGAAUAGCGCUGGCACUUGGUAUUCCUGUCGCCGUUGUCAUCACCAAGGUAGAUAUGUGCCCACCACAUAUUCUUGAGCGGACAAUGCAGCAAGUACAAAAGGUGCUUCAGUCGCCGGGGUGCAGAAAGGCGCCUGUUUUCAUUGAGUCAGAAUCUCAAGUAAUUGAUGCGGCUUUGAAGUUCCCGAUGAAGCGAGUAUGUCCUAUUUUUCAAGUUAGUAAUGUCACAGGACAAAGACUUGAUUUGCUGCGCAUGUUCCUUAAUGUUCUUCCUUCGAGCCAGGCACAGUAUGCACCUUUGCGAUCUGGGCCUGUUGAAAUGCCCAUCAAUGAUGUAUUCAGUGUCCCAUUUGUGGGCACUGUAGUCUCCGGGGUCCUCAAGUCUGGUAUCGUCAAGACGGGCGAUUCUCUGUUGUUAGGGCCAGACAGUCUCGGUCAAUUCACGCAAACAUCUGUCCGUUCGAUCCAGCGUAAGCGGAUAAACGUCGCGUGUGCAAGUGCAGGACAGUCUGUGUGCUUCGCAUUGAAGCGAGUCCGACGAAAUCAGGUACGCAAGGGAAUGCUUCUUGCAUCACAGACAAGCACUCCGCCAUGUGCGUAUCAAGAGUUUGAAGCUGAGGUAUUGUGUUUGUAUCACACUACAACCCUCUCUGUGGGAUCCUGCAUUGUACUGCAUGCCUCGAGCAUUCGUCAAACAGUAAAGAUUAUGAGUAUUCUUAAGAUUGAUGGGCCGGAAAGGCGUCGUUCUGUCUCAUCACCUCCAAUGGAUGAUGCGAAGCCUGUCAUGCGAAUGGGUGAUAGAGCGCGUGUGCGACUACGGUUCAUGGCUAACAUGGAGUACAUUACACCCGGGACCAAGCUGAUUGCUCGAGAAGGCAAGACAAAGCUCGUCGGUGUUGUAAGGAGCGUAGGUAACCAGGGAUUCGCUACCAUGGUACAACAAAGCCACGAUGAAGUUCACAACGCAGGAGCAUGGCAUGAAGCAGGAAACAAGUCCACGCAUCUCCCCACCCAACUGUCCGGCGCGGCCUAA